GCAGGCCGGUGCUGGGGUGGUUUUGCUCUGUGACUGUCUCUUAUACACAUCUAGAUGUGUAUAAGAGACAGGCGCAGUACAGUGGAGAAUAUGGUUUAUUUACGGAGACGUUAGUAAAGGUGGUGAAGCAACACACUGCUGAUGGCACGCUCGACGAUCUUUCGAACUACCAUUUGAUUUCCUGUGUGGCCGAUAUCAUGAUUAACGAGAUGAGUAUUGAACAGAAGCCCGGGUUGGAAUCAUCGUAUGAGAAUGCCAAGCAUCCAUUCAUCUUGGGAUUAAGGAAGCAAGAAGAGCCAAAGGCAGCGAACGGAGAGGCAGACGACAAGAAGGGAGAUGAGUCAGCGGCUGAAUCUAAAGCAGAAUCCGAUCCAGAUACCAAGCCAGCAGCUGCUGAGCCAAAUGCGGAGCCCAAGAAUAAGGAGGGAGUCGAAAGUAGCCAGAAGCCGGAAUUAUCGAGUGCCAAUGUGAAAGAGAAUGGUGUAGCGAAGGACGCCAAGGAAACCAAGCCUGGAGCCGAUAAAGCACAAAAGACUGCAGCUGCCAGCAAGUGAUUUAUGUGUGGUCGCCAUCCUGGUUGGUUGUUUAAUCGAAGGAGACAGCCAUUUGCUUCCCUCGGUUGUAAAUAUGCCCACAUGAG